CGGACACUUUCGUCAAAUGUCCGCCAUGUUGGACAGAAUCUGGCUAAUAUUUGAUGCAAAGUAUCGUAUACAUUCUAAUGCAUUUUGAAAUCAAUGACUGUCAAAUGUCAUUUGUAAAAGGGUCUUUGUAAUGUGUUGUCAUACAGGCCUGUGAGGUUGGCUGUUCCUAGCAACAGAUUCAGCUGAAAGAAUUCAUUAUAACAAAGCAGGAAUUUACAUCUUUUUAGCAUAGACAGGAUUUGCAUAGACCAUAGUAAUAACACCAGUAAGAAAAAUGGAUGAAGGUGGUACUCUUGACUUUGAAGAUUUAAUGGACACAGGUGAUGAGUUUCCUGGAUUUGAGAUAGCUAAAUUUACACCAGCGAAUGAAAGUGAGGGGAAUGAUGAUGGUGUAUUGAGAACACCGGAACAUGAAAAAGAUGAUGAAGACUACAUCAUUAAUGAAAAAAGAAAUAAUCAUGAUGUUCAAGCUGAUAGGAGUGAUCAAGACAAUGACUCAGCUGAGGUUCCUGGUGUUGAAGACAUUGUAAACAACCUAGAAGGUGUUGUUAAUGAAGAGACUAAUGAUGAAGUUGUUGAAAUAGCUAAGGAUAAUUUAGAUAAAAAUGAAGAGAACACUGUGGAUGAUGUUACUAUGACAGAACCAACAGAAACGGGGGACAAUAAGCCUGACAUUGUUGUAAGUGAUCAUGAGGAAAAUGGUGUGAAAGCUGGGCCUGCUGAUCACCAGUCUGAAGAAAAUGUAGACAAUAAUGAAGACAUACUGGAAAUAACAAGCGAAGAUGUAAACCAUGUUGGCCAUAAAGAUCAGGAUAUUAAUGAUGUCAUUCUGGAACCAGUCCCUAAAAAGAAAAAGAUGUACUUGAAACCCCCACAGAAGAAAAAGACAUUGCUGGAGAGUAAAAAGUUGGAGAGGGAAUCAGAAGACAUGGAGGAGGAGACUGCUGUAGAAUCAGGGAGGACCAGACGGAGCAGUGAAAACAGUAGAGAUAGCCAUGAUGCCAGUGAGAAUGGAGAGGAGGAAUAUGAUAAAAAAUCUGAAGAGACUGAAAAAAAGAAUAAUGAAGAAGAAGAAGAGCCUCAUCAACAGUCAUUCCUGUCCUUUCUAAAUCUCAAACCAGGUACCUCAAAGCCAAAGAAAGAUGAUGAAAGACAGAAAGAGGAAACUCUGCAGAAGGAGUUUUAUUCCAGAAAGAGGCUACGUACACGCAAAAAGGUAAGCUAUUGCGAGGAUGUCGCCCAGGAUGAUGAUGAUGAGUAUAAUGUUGAAGAUGAUGAGGAUGAGGAUUACGAUGAAGAUCAUCAGUUUGAAAAUCGCCGUAAUAACCGAUCGAGAAGUAAUAGCAGACGUAAUUCAGGCACAGCACAAUACGCUAAUGCUUUGCAGCAGUUACUUCCUGGGGUUGAUCUGAGUUGCCUUCAGUCUAGUCAGAUUAGAAUAAGCCCAAAAGAAAAUAAUGUAGCAAAAUGUAUUAACAUGGACAGUCUGAAACCGCAGGGUAACGUAAAGGGGUUGUUUGAAUGUGGUUUGUGUGGAGUUUUCUUCAACACUGCAAGUCAGUUUAUAACUCACCAGGAGUCUGUACACGCAGGAGAGAAGAAAAAUGGUAAAUCAGCGAUGGAGACUUUCAGAUGCGAGGUCUGUGGAUUUGUGUUGACCAACAGGUUCGCUUACCUGGAGCAUAAGAAAAUGAAACAUGCUCGAGGCGGAGCUGUUACCUUCAGUUGCAGUAAGUGUAAAAUAAACAAGUUUACGGAUAUAGGAGCAUUACAGAAACAUCAGCAGGUAUGUGGGAUACCAUUCUGUUCCACAUGUGGGGCAACAUUUAAGGCAUGGGUUGAAGUAGCCGAACAUCGAAAGAAAGCCCAUGCUCCUGCUGUUCCAACACGCCAGUGGUUGAAUUGUGCGAACAAAACAUGCAGUUUCAAAUGUGUUACACAACAUGAAAUGAGACAGCAUAUCCAAGCUAAGCAUAUGGUGAAUGAUUUGUUCACAUGUAAUGCACCACGCUGUACUCGUGCAUUCAAUACAAGGGAGUUGUUAACGGAACACAAGAAAGAGGCCCAUGCUUCGGAAUUUAUUGUUCAGUACCAAUGUAUGGAAUGUAAAAAUUGCUUUUCCAGUAAAACACUGUUAGCCGAACAUCAGUAUUUGCAUACGUUGGAAAAGCUGAGAAAGUGUGACUUGUGUUUACGUCAGUUUGGAAAUGUCAAUGAUCUACGAAAACACAAAGAUGUUCAUGCUGUUAAAGGCACCAUUAGGUGUCAGUCAUGUUUCCGAUGGUGCGUUGAUAAAAUUGAAUUAGUUAAUCAUGUUUGUGCACAGAAACGAAGGAAUAUUGGAAUUCGUCUUUAUUUUUGCGAUGUUUGUCACAAAGAUUUCAGAUCUGAUGAAAAAAUGUUUAUUCAUCGAAAGGAACACAAGAACUUUUUCCAGUGUGGUAUGUGUUUCUUAGAAUUUAAUUCCGAGGCAGAAUAUUUUGAGCAUAGAGAAGUACAUGGUAAAUUCACAUGCAAGGAGUGUUGUGAAGAGAUGGAUGAAAAAGAUGUAGAAAUGCAUGCUAAGGCUCACAAGUAUUACAUCAAGUUAGAAGAUAUGGAAAAUAAUGGCAAAAGUGAAAAAGUCAUGUUUUUAUGUCCAAACCUGUUUAAUGCCAUACAAGCUUAAUUUAGGUUUAUCUUUAAAAUGAAGGAAGUAAUGUAAUGUUUAUAGCCCAUGUUGUAAUUCAGACCUACUGUACCGUGUGCUACUUGUGUAUAAAUUAUAAUGUGCACCUAUGGUUAGUGAGUGCCUUUGAUUGGUAGAAAAUAAAUUAGGUUAAUCCAGAAAGAGACAAGCAAAACUGAAAAUAAUGUAAAGAUGUAAACAGGGUGAUCAAAUUUACCUCCGAGAAUGAGGGGUGGGGGGAGGGGUGCCAGUCCUGGGCAUCAAAAUCUGCACAUUAUACACAGGAAUCUGUGGUAAUAGUAACUUUGGAAGUAUAUUGUAUAGCCAUCAUUUGACAGUAUAAUUUGUAUGAUAUUCUUUUACCAGAAAUAUAGAUUUAUCUUGCAUUAUAGUGCUGGUAGCAGAUAACUUGGUGAAUUGUCAAAAUCAUCUUAUGACAAUAUGAUAGCAAACAACUUGGUGAAUUGUAUUGCAUAAAGUAACAGAGACUGUCAACAGAAUAAAUACUGUGUAGUAAGGUGAUGUAUAUUGCUGUAUGAAAACUUAAAAUUUGUGAUAAUAAUCAA